AUGGAAGCAGAUCAGUUGACGCGUGAUGCGCAGAAUGCACUGCGUCGCACCAUGGAAAAAUAUGCACAAACAUGCCGGCUUAUUUUAUGCUGCGAAUCGAUCAGUAAAAUAAUCGAUCCGUUGCGAAGUCGAUGCAUGGCCGUGAGAGUUGCCGCACCUUCAGACAAUGAUGUCGCAAAAGCUAUCGGAGAGGUUUGCCGGCAAGAAAACGUCACUGUUCCGGAGCAUGUCGUUCAAGCUGUUGUACAAAAAGCAAACGGCAACAUGCGGCGAGCGAUACUUGCAAUUGAAGCUGCCAAAGUACAGCACUAUCCAUUCAAAGAGAACCAAGAAAUUCCGGUCCCAGAAUGGGAAAUUUAUUUACGUGAAACGGCAAAAAUGAUGGUUCAGCAGCAAAACCCUGAACAUCUGAUCAAAAUACGCAGCAGAUUUUAUGAAUGUGUCGGGCACUGUAUACCGCCAUCUAUCAUAUUUGUGAAAUUGCUGCAAGAGCUGUUGAACUACUGUGAUGACUCGAUCAAAGCCGAAGUGAUUGCUGCGGCCGCUGAUUUUGAGCAUCGACUUACUCGCGGUAGUCGAGCAAUCUUUCACCUGGAAGCAUUUGCGGCUUCGUUUAUGGAGAUUUAUCAUCGUCAUCAGAACGAGAAUGCUAUGGAGCAUUAG